AUGGAUCGCGAUGCGGGACUGAAGGAGAAUCUCCACCGGCAAAUUCGCGAAUACGAGGCAAAGGGCUACACGCACAAGGCUACGAAAGCAGAAAUGGAAGCAGCAGAUCCUAGAAGAGUGUGGUAUCUUCCGGUUGGAGCGGUGAUAAACCCCAAGAAGCCGGGGAAAGUCCGUAUCAUCUGGGACGCAGCGGCCAAGGUGGAUGGCAUAUCCCUGAACAGCGCUCUUCUUAAAGGCCCCGAUCAACUCUCUUCUCUUCCAGCCGUUCUUUUUCGCUUUCGGCUGUAUGGAGUAGCACUUAGCUCGGAUAUCCAGGAAAUGUUUCACCAGAUCCGAAUCCGUGAAGAAGACAAGAGCUCCCAGCGUUUUUUGUGGCGUGCCAAACCGUCCGAAAAGCCAACCGUCUACUUGAUGGAUGUCGCCACAUUUGGCAGCACCUGUUCACCAGCUUCGGCACAAUUCGUAAAAAAUCGGAACGCUGAGCAACAUCGAGAGCUUUAUCCCGAAGCGACGAAAGCGAUUGUCGACGACCACUACGUCGACGAUUAUCUGGCGAGUUUCAGUUCGGAAGAAGAGGCAGCAAAGAUAGCAAGCGAAGUACGAUACGUACACAAUAACGGGGGAUUCCAGCUACACAAUUGGCGGUCGAACAGUGCUACGGUACUAGAGCGUCUGGGUGAAGUGCAACCUGAAACAGACAAGCAGCUAAACCUGGUAGAUACAGCGAAAUCCGAAAGGGUACUCGGAAUGCUGUGGAGCCCUUCAACCGAUGAACUGAGUUUUUCCACACAGAUGAGCGAAGAGGUGCAAACGCUGAUCCGUACAACGACACGGCCGACGAAGAGACAAAUAUUACGGUGCGUUAUGACCCUAUUCGAUCCUUUGGGGCUGCUCUCUCCGUUUAUCAUACACGGCAAGGUCCUUAUUCAAGACCUGUGGCGCGAAGGCACGGAGUGGGACGAGCAAGUCAGUGACAUCGUCUUCGCAAAAUGGGAGAGAUGGGUACAGAUGAUCCAGUACAUUGCCAGAGUCCGGAUUCCCAGAUGCUAUUUCCGUCAUGCCAACAAGAGGACGUACCGCAAUUCCGAGAUACACGUUUUCGUUGACGCUAGUGAGGUAGCAUACUCUUGUGCAGUCUACCUGCGUACAUUCGACAGAGUCGGAGAUCCGCAGUGCUGCCUAAUUGCAGGCAAAUCAAAGGUCGCCCCGCUGAAGCCGUGGUCGAUUCCCAGACUCGAACUGCAAGGGUGUGUCCUAGGUGUACGAUGGUCGAAAUUCGUCAGGGAAAACCACGAUGUCCCCGUCUCCGACAUAGUGUUUUGGACGGACUCCAGGACAGCACUGGCCUGGAUCAAGUCAGAUCCUAGAAAUUAUCGGCAAUUCGUGUCCUUCAGAGUAAGUGAGAUUCUGGAGCACACAACAGCAAGUCAGUGGCGAUGGGUGCCAUCAUCGUCCAACCCAGCGGAUGAAGCAACUAAAUGGGGCAGUGGACCAUACUUUCACCACGACAGCAAGUGGUUUCAGGGACCCGACUUUCUACGGCUUCCGGAACAUGAGUGGCCCCGCUCGAAAGAGCCAGUGACUGCUACUAGUGACGAAAUGCGUACGCCAGUUCUACAUCACUGUUCAUUUCAACCGGCGAUUGAUUUCGACAGGUUCUCAUCCUGGGAUCGCCUACAACGAGCAACAGCAUACGCUCUCCGAUUCAUACACAAUUCGGCCCAGAGGCGUACGAAAUAUACGGGACAACUGCAACAAGCAGAACUACGGGCAGCAGAGGAAACUAUUUUUAGGUUGGCACAACGGGAAUCAUAUCCAGAUGAGAUAGCAGCACUAUCGAACAAAGCGCCGAACGAGACCGGGCAGGAGAUCAUCGGAAAGCAUAGCUCCAUCUACCGACUGAUGCCAAUCUUGGAUAAACACGGCUUGUUACGAGAGCGCGGCAGGGUCGGCGCGGCAGAGGACGUCUGCUACGACGUGCGCCACCCCGUAAUCCUACCGGGAAAACACCGAGUAACGGAGCUUCUUGUACAUCGAUACCACCACCACCUCCGCCAUGGCAACGCAGAGACAGUUGUUAACGAACUUCGUCAGCGGUACACUAUCCCUAGACUCCGCGUGGUGGUUAAGCAAGUCAGCCGUAACUGCGCUUAUUGUAAAAUCCGUCGGGCUAGGCCGGCGAACCCACCAAUGGCACCACUUCCAGCUGCGCGCCUGGCACAUCAUGAACGAGCCUUCACGUAUACCGGGGUGGACUACUUCGGACCACUGUUGGUGAAGUUGGGAAGAUCCAACGUCAAACGAUGGAUCGCAUUGUUUACAUGCCUGACAGUGCGCGCCGUUCAUCUUGAAGUCGCUUAUACGUUAUCCACAGAGUCCUGCAUUUCCUGCGUCCGUCGAUUCGUGGGUCGGCGGGGACCACCCGCCGAAUUUUUCAGCGACAACGGAACAAAUUUCCAAGGUGCCGAUCGAGUGUUGCAGCACCAGAUAAGCCAGGGACUGUCAGCAACGUUCACCAGUACCAACACAAAGUGGAACUUCAUUCCGCCGGGAGCACCACAUAUGGGCGGGGCAUGGGAACGCUUAGUGCAGUCAGUGAAAGCAGCGAUGGGCGAAGCGUACUCCGAGGAGAAGCUGGAUGACGAGGGGCUGCAGACACUGGUCGUGGAGGCGGAAAGUAUAGUCAACUCAAGGCCUCUGACGUACUUACCACUUGAAUCCGAGGAAGCAGAAGCACUCACUCCGAACCACUUUCUGUUGCUGAGUUCAAAUGGAGUGAAGCAUUCAAUAACCCAAACCGAAGAGGGCCCGCGAAGUGAGCUGGUUCGCCGAAAAAUUCUUGGGAGAUCACACGAGCAAAUCCGCACCAAGCUUGACGCUUUCUGGAAACGCUGGUUGGUAGAAUACUUGCCGGUGAUCCGUCGACAACCGAAAUGGUUCGAUGACACCAGAACGAUGAUCGCAGGAGACUUUGGUGAUGGUCGCGGAACCAUUUAA